AUGCUGCGUGCGAAGAUGUGCCAGGAUGGAAGGAGCUCGUCUCUCACCGCACCGAAUGGACCAGCUCAACAGCGGGUCAUCAACGCUGCUCUUGGGCUGUCAGGCUUGAAAGCCGCUGAAGUCUCGGCAGUUGAGUGCCAUGGAACCGGAACUGCCCUUGGAGAUCCCAUUGAGGUUGGCGGGCUCCGUGGAACACUCGGUGAUGGCCGCUUAGACACCCUCUUCUUGAUGGCCGGGAAAAGCAAUGUUGGCCACCUUGAGGGUGCUGCAGGAGCACUGGGUUUGCAAAAGUGCUUGGCAAUCGUGGCGCAGCUGGAGGUUCCGCCAAAUCUGCACCUCAGCUCACUGAACCCACACGUCGAGCUUCAGGACUUCAAUGCAAAAGCUUCAACAGCCCUGGAAAAGCUGUCUGGAAUGGUGAGUGCCAAUGUUGGCUUGUCGUCUUUUGGGUUCGGUGGUACAAACGCCCAUGCUCUGCUGCAGAGCUCCAGGCCGCAUGUGCGAGAGCCUCCAGAGACACUUCCCGCUCUCAGCUUUCGGCGAAUAGCCUUCCCCUGGGCCGCGCCGGUUCCUCGACUGCUGUCGCUCAAAAGGCGCGAAGGUUCAACUGUGAUUUUCGAGGUUCAGGUUGAUGCAGAACUGGUCGGUCUUUGCAGCCACAUGGUCUACGAUCAAACCUGUCUGUCAUCCGCGCUGCUUGUUGCUUUUGCCAUGGACGCCUGCCGUCAACAUGCAAAACAGGCUGUUCAACUGAAGAACGUCCAAAUGGUUGCGGAAGCCUUAGCGAAACAGUGCUCCCGCGAUUGA